AUGUCAAAGGAAACCUUCGCAUUCAAUGCCGAUAUCAGGCAGUUAAUGAGUUUAAUCAUUAACACAUUUUACAGCAACAAAGAAAUUUUUUUGAGAGAACUUAUUAGCAAUGCAAGUGAUGCACUGGAUAAAAUCAGAUAUGAGGCAAUCACAGAUACACAGAAAUUAUCUGCUGAACCAGAGUUCUACAUUCGUAUCAUUCCUGACAAAACGAACAAUACUCUCACGAUUGAAGAUUCAGGUAUUGGUAUGACAAAAAAUGAUUUAAUUAAUAACUUGGGUACUAUUGCUAGAUCAGGAACCAAGGCAUUUAUGGAGGCUAUUCAAGCAAGUGGAGAUAUAUCUAUGAUUGGACAAUUCGGUGUUGGUUUUUACUCUGCUUACCUCGUUGCUGAUCAUGUUGUUGUUGUGUCGAAAAAUAAUGAUGAUGAGCAGUAUGUAUGGGAAUCAGCUGCUGGUGGUUCGUUCACUGUCACUAAGGAUGAAACGAAUGAGAAAAUGGGAAGAGGUACCAAAAUUAUUCUGCAUUUGAAAGAUGAUCAAUUGGAAUAUCUAGAAGAAAAAAGAAUUAAAGAUUUGGUGAAAAAGCAUUCUGAAUUUAUUUCUUUCCCAAUUAAAUUAUAUUGUGAAAGACAGAAUGAGAAAGAAAUCACUGCAUCGGAGGAUGAAGUAGAGGAUGAUGAUGCUGAGGGAGAGAAAAAGAAAUCCGGAAAGGAUCAACUUGAAGAUGGAGAUAAACAAACCCAAGAAGGGGAUGAUGCUGAUAAGGAAAAAAAAGAACACAAUGAGGAGGAUGAAGAUAAAGAAAAAGGAGAUGAUCAUCCCAAAGUGGAGGAUGUAACAGAAGAAUUAGAAAAUGCUGAGAAAAAAAAGAAAAAGGAAAAGAAAAAGAAAAAAAUACAUACCGUUGAACAUGAAUGGGAAGAAUUAAACAAACAGAAACCACUAUGGAUGAGGAAACCUGAGGAAGUCACCAAUGAAGAGUAUGCUAGCUUUUACAAAUCGUUGACGAACGAUUGGGAAGACCACUUAGCUGUGAAACACUUCUCUGUUGAAGGACAGCUAGAAUUUAAGGCACUUUUAUUUAUUCCGAAAAGAGCUCCUUUCGAUAUGUUUGAAAAUAGAAAAAAGAGAAACAACAUCAAAUUGUAUGUUAGACGUGUUUUUAUCAUGGACGAUUGUGAGGAAAUCAUCCCUGAGUGGCUUAACUUCGUGAAGGGUGUUGUCGAUUCGGAAGACUUGCCACUCAACAUUUCAAGAGAGUCCCUACAGCAGAACAAAAUUCUCAAGGUUAUCAAGAAGAAUCUCAUCAAGAAGUGCCUCGAUAUGUUUUCUGAGUUGGCAGAGAACAAGGACAACUACAAGAAGUUUUACGAGCAGUUCAGCAAGAACUUGAAGCUGGGAAUCCACGAGGAUAACGCGAACCGUGCGAAGAUCACCGAGUUGCUCCGAUUUCAAACGUCCAAGUCUGGCGAUGAAAUGAUAGGACUAAAGGAAUACGUGGACAGAAUGAAGGAGAAUCAAAAGGAUAUUUACUACAUCACAGGUGAGUCAAUCAACGCGGUGUCUAACUCUCCAUUUUUGGAAGCUCUGACGAAGAAAGGAUUCGAAGUGAUAUACAUGGUUGACCCCAUCGAUGAGUAUGCAGUACAACAACUAAAAGACUUCGAGGGAAAAAAAUUAAAAUGUUGCACUAAGGAAGGUCUAGAUAUUGAUGACUCUGAGGAAGCUAAAAAAACGUUUGAAACGAUGAAGGCUGAAUAUGAAGGACUAUGUAAAGUCAUAAAGGAUGUGCUUCAUGAGAAGGUAGAGAAAGUAGUGGUUGGACAAAGAAUCACCGAUUCACCAUGUGUAUUAGUUACAUCUGAAUUUGGCUGGUCAGCAAACAUGGAAAGAAUUAUGAAAGCUCAAGCGUUGAGAGAUAACUCCAUGACUAGCUAUAUGUUGUCUAAAAAAAUUAUGGAGAUCAAUGCACGUCAUCCAAUCAUCACGGCAUUGAAACAAAAAGCAGAUGCGGAUAAGUCAGACAAGACAGUUAAAGAUUUAAUAUGGCUCCUAUUCGAUACAUCUUUAUUGACUUCUGGAUUUGCCCUUGAAGAACCCACGACCUUCUCCAAGAGAAUCCACAGAAUGAUUAAAUUGGGUCUUUCCAUCGAUGAGGAAGAAAACAACGACAUUGAGUUGCCACCCUUGGAAGAGACCAUGGACGCUACUGACUCAAAGAUGGAAGAGGUUGAUUAA